GUGCUAGCCUACCCACGAAGAAACGAGCCUGUCUAGUGUCGUGACGAAUAGUGAUACAGUGCAGCGGAGUGUCUCGCGCUGAAGCGUUCCUGGGGUGAACCGUACAAUAUACUUAGCAGUAUAGUAGCGUCUGGCGGUGUCCAAUGGUCGGGCAUGAGUGGUCGUGGGCGCGGCGAGCGGUGUGUGCGGCUGUGAACUGAACCAGCGGCGAUGCGCAUCCAGGCCGGACUCGUGGCUGGCGUAAGGCGGCGUUGAGGCGCGACGCAGGUAGAUGUCGAGUGAGGGAUGGUCCCGGCGCAGGGACCGGUCACCGUUGAGGUUUAUGUCCGUGUCCCUCGGAAGAUGCGCUGCCGGAUUUAGACAUCGAUUUGGAGUCGUUCUUCGCGGGUCGUGGCGCUUUCGUGUCGUCGGCGGGCAGGGACUGUUCGAGACUUGGAGAUGUGCGUCCGAACAAGAGCACGUAGAGACUCACCUCGAGCACUACAGACUCGUCGGACUCGGUCGUCGAAGCAGGCGACUCGGGUCGGGGUGUCUGGCGCCGGCGGGCUUCUCGGGUGGUGCGGGCGAUCGCGCGCUGGGCACGCUCCUUUCUUCGCCUGCGCUGGCGAAUGUUGACCCACACGACGGUCGCGACGACUCCGAGGAUCACGAAGACUACGGAGGAGCGGGGAAUCAGCCGAGGGUGGGCUGGCAGUGCCUGGGCGACGCACCAAUGACGAUCACCACGGCGAUGACCCAGCCGCUGCUCUCUGGCGAGGGCGGUGUGCCGUCGUCGUCCUGGUCGUCGCCGUCGCUGCAGGGAGGAGCGCGUCGGGUCAGCGCUGCUCGGAGCGGGAGGUUCAGCCACCCGAGAGUCACCUGACUUACUCUCUUGUGAUCGGGCGCGCUGCUGCUGCGAGCGCCCAGGGAAGGAGGGUAGCGGGAACGGCGGGGAGAGUGCGGAGGC